UGCAAUUCUCGAACUUUGAAAAUAUAGAAUUUACACAUUGUAUUGCGCUGUAUACACUUGCAUUAUAUGUUUUAUACAUAUAAUUCAUUCAUACAAAACUAUGCAUUCAUUAGACAGCUUACGGUUAAACCCAAGUCUAACUCGGGGUAAGAAUUACUACUUUCAGGUCCGUCAAUUUUGAUCCGUCAUUUUGAAUUUUGCAAUAAUAACCUUAAAUUUGAAAUCAGCACUUUCGAAAACUAUUAUAAAACACGAAAAUAAAUAUUUUCUUCCGCAGAAAAGAUCUAAUCAUUUUGAUACUAAUUUCUACCAAUAAAUAGAACUGCAAGAGGGUUAUAAUAAAUACUAUAAUAAGUAUUAUAAUGAGAGAAGUAAAUAUGUACUUUAUUACGUAUUCAGUAUGAAUGUCUUUUCAUGGAACCAAUAAUAUCUCCAAAGUUGUCUUUAUUUGUUUAAUAAGUUAAUAAUAAUGAAUUUAUGCGCGAAUAAAAUAUUCUACAUCUUAUGAGAAUCAACGCAAGAGAGAAUACCACAAGUGCAACGUCCGAUAACCGGAGCAAACGAUGAAAAUGUCAUAUUUACAACAUCGAUACGUUAUUCGAAUUUUUUUGUAGAAAAAUAACACAAGAAACAUGCACCUUCUUUGCUUACAUGUAAUCAAAAAUUCCGUGUAUAAUUUCACAAUUCACUCUCUUCCCGUCACCGUUCGUUUCUCCUUGUUACACACUGUUGGAUCCAGUUUUUCCAAUUUUGAAAGAACAAAUUUGAAACAUUACGUGAAAUGUAUGUGGUACAAAGAUGUCUACGUGAUAUACGACGCUGUUGUGAAUCAAAUCAAACUGCGAUGAAGCAAGUCGAGCCAUUCGCGAUAAGCUCGGUCUUCGCACUUGUAUCAACGCACGAGAAGGUAUCCAUUUCCAGAGAAAAUUUACAUGACAAUAUUAUUGCUCUAAUUUCGACAUUACCUUAAUAACUUAUUUCCAUUUCACAGCGAGCCCGGAAAAGCAAUUGAAGACGAUCGAUCCUCUUCAUAUAUGCGUACUUGCCGACAAUGUCGUGUUUUACACUUAUUGCAUCUGUUAUGCGUUUCAUGAAAAUGAUCACUUUGUAAAUUACGUUGAAAUCUUAAGAAAAAGAAGGUCCAUUACGUCUUUAAUUUUGACUACGUGAAGGGAGAGCACGAAAUUCCUUGCGCGUCGCGCCUGUUAUACGCGUUUUAGCUUUUGCCGACGAUGGACUUCGCCGGAAAACAAUAUUAUAAGCUAAAUCGGCUCCUUCUAUUAAGUCUCGGCUUGUGGCCUUAUCAGAAUUCAAUUCUAAAAAAAAUUCAAAUAGUCUUUUUUCAGACGUUAUUCCUAUCUUUUUUCUUACCUCAGCUUAACACGUUUUUCGUAAGACAAUAUAAUAUAGAUCUUUUCAUCAAAGUUAUGGUGUUUAUGGUGGUUAAUAGCAUUUACAUUAUAAAAUAUAAUGCAUUCCUCCUAUUCACCGAUAAUAUCAGAUAUAUCUUCGAGAGAAUUCAGCGCGACUGGAAUAUGUUAAAAAGUCAAGCUGAACUGAAAAUAAUAAAAAAAUACGCAAAGAACGCGAGAUUGUACACGAUCCAAUUUUUUACCUUGGUCAUUUUCUUUAUGCUGUCAUACAUAGUGCUAAAUUGUAUACCGAUUAUACUCAAUGUGAUCGUACCUAAGAACGAAUCUCGUUCGCGACCGAUUCUGAUAACAAUGGAAUUCUUCGUCGAUCAAGACACGUAUUUUUACGCUAUUUUAACGUAUAGUUUCUUGAUUAAUUACGCCGGUUGCGUCACAGUUGUGGCUGUUGCAACGAUUCUCAUCGCGUAUGCACUACACACCUGCGCUCUAUUCAAAAUCACCAGUUACCGUAUAGAACAAAUAUUCGACAAGAGCGUGUUGCAAGAGCCGGAGAACAUUAAGCAACAUAUAUUUUACGAGAAAUUAAUUUACGCCGUGUACAUUCACCGCAGAGCUAUGGAUUUGGCUAACAUCCUGACGAACAGUUUCACGAUCUUCUAUUUCGUAUUGUUAGGAUUUGGUGUGGCUUUGAUGAGCUUGUCUCUCUAUCAUUUAUACAACGCGCUGAUACUGAUGGUUGAUCCAUUCGAACUAUUGAUGUCCUCUGGCAUUAUAACUUUGGAAUUGUACUAUAUAUUCCUGGGAAACUAUGUCGGGCAGGACGUCAUAGAUACGAGCACUGAGAUUUGUGAGAUUACGUAAGGAACGUGCCGGGCGACCGCAAGAGAUGAGUUCGGAUGACUUGGAAGCGUUAUUGCAAGAAGAUUCGACUCAAUCGAAUAUAGAAUUUGCGAAAAAGUUACAUGUUAAUCAGAGCACUGUAAUUCAACACUUGCAUAAGAUGGGGAAAAUUCUGAAGGAAGAAAAAUGAAUUCUCCAUGAAUUAUCCGAGAACGCUAUUGCCAGCCGAGUUACCAUUUACCUUUCGCUGCUCAAUAGACACAAACAUAAGUCUUUUUUGUAUCGAAUUGUGAUCGGAGACGAGAAAUGGAUUUAUUAUGAUAAUCCCAAUCGCAAAAGAUCGUGGCUAAAUCCCGGAGAAUCCUCUACGUGGGUAAAUCUCAGAGAAUUCUUUACGUCCCAGCCAAAACGAAAUAUCCAUGAUUAUAAAAUCCUCCUAUAUAUCUGAUGGGACAUGCAAGGAGUGUUGUAUUAUGAGCGGUUAAAACUACUAUCGCGGAAUUAUAUAGUCGACAAUUAAAGCAGUUGAAUGAGUAAUUGAUCGAGAAACGACCAUAUUUUGCGACAAAGUAAAACAAAGUGAUUCUUCUGCAUGACAAUAUCAGGCUCCAUGUUGCAUUGACGACCCAGGAAACUUUAAUGGAAUUGCAAUAGGAAGUCCUACCAUACCCGACAUAUUUUCCAGAUAUUGCCCCAUCGGAUUUUCAUUUAUUUCGUUCUAUGCAACACAGUCUUUCUGGUAUACGAGUUCGCAACGUUGAAGAAGUGCAAUAAUUCAUCGACAACUUCAUUCAUUCUAGGAGCAAAGAUUUCUUUGAUCGUAGUAUUCACCUUUUGCCUGAAAGAUGGCAAA